AUGGGAGACAAGUCUGGGAGCAAGGUAGCUGCUGCAAAGAACCAGAUCCAUCUCCAGGUAGUGAAGGGGCUGGAGGAUGUGGAUGUGUGUGAGAGGGAGGGCUGCACGUUCGAGGUGACCCUCAACCUGUCCUACAUAGCGGGCACGUGGACCAAGGACGGGGUCAGGCUCAAAUCCAAGCCCACCUGUCACAUCGCUACCCAUAAGAAUAAACACACUCUCACCUUCACCCGGGUCACCGUAGGAGACACUGGCCUGUUCUCCUUCCAGACUGACGGGAGCCAAAACUGGAUCCAAACCUCAGGCCAACUCACUGUCAUAGCCAGAGACAUACAGAUUGUGAAGGAGUUGGAAGAUGAGGAAGUGACUGAGAGGCAGAGUGUGACCUUCCUGUGUGAGGUCAACUGUGAGGACGUGGACGGGCGUUGGUACAACGACAACACCAGGAUCAAACACGGAGACAACGUCAAGAUCAGGCACGAGGGUAAAACUCACACCAUGUGCUUCAAGUCUGUAAGGCCAGCAAAUGCUGGGGAGAUCAAAUUCACUGCAGACAGGGUCUCCUCCUAUGCAACUCUCACGGUAAAAGAGCUGCCUGUGCAGAUAGUGAAGCCUCUGAGAGUGAAGAUUGCUAUGUACAAACACAAAGGACUGCUGGAGUGCCAGGUGUCCAGGGCCAACGCCCUGGUCAGGUGGUUCAAGAACAGGAGUGAGAUCCAACCCAGCAAGAAGCACCAGAUUGUUAGCGACGAUGUCUACAGGCAGCUGCACAUUGAUGACGUGGCCUCGUCAGACGAGGACACCUACACCUGUGACGCUGGCGAUGACAAGACCUCCUGCCAACUGCUAGUGGAGGAGCAGGCGAUCAGCAUAGUGCAGGGGCUGAGGUCUGUGAAGGUGACCGAGCCCAGGGAGGCCCUGUUCCAGGUGGAGACCAGCCUGAGGGCGGGGAGACCCCCAAAGUGGACCCUGGACGGAGAGGUCCUGAUGGAGGGGCCUGAACUGAGCAUAGACCGGCAGGGCACACUGCACACCCUCUGCUUCAUCAGCACGGACAGCUCUAUGACCGGCCCUGUGCAGUUCAACGCCGGGAAGAGCCGCUCCACCGCACAGCUCACCGUUAAGGAGCGCCCUCUGAAAGUGGUCCAGCCCAUGCCAGACGUGGAGGCUAAGGAGAACAGCUCGGUCACACUGAGGUGUCAGUUUGCCCCCUCCCCCAGGGUGGUGCGCUGGUACAGGGGCCGCACUGCCUUGCAGACAUCCAGCAAGUACAGCAUGAGGACGGAGAAGAGCCAGGCAGAGCUGACCAUCCAGGGCCUCAAGGAGACCGACACUGGCCAGUACAGCUGCAUGGCUGGAGGGUCAAAGAGCACAGCCAAGGUUACUGUGGAGGUGCGAAGGCUGAAGAUCGUAAGGCACCUGGAGCACGUGAAGGUGGAAGAGGAUAGCAACGCCACGUUCACAUGUGAACUCAACUACGUGGUAGCCAAUGUGCAGUGGCUUCUGAACGACAACCACCUCAACGCCAACACUGUUACCAGGAUUCAGAACAUGGGCACCAUUCACAGCCUCACCAUCAAAAAUCUCCGCCCACAGGAGAGCAGGGUGACCUUCAAGGCUGGCCUUCUCACAGAGUCCACCUCCCUCAAGGUCAAAGAAAAGCCAGCAGUGUUCCUCAGGUCUCUAGAAGACAUGUCAGGGGAGGAGGAGGGGAAGGUGUGUCUGCAGUGUGAGACCUCUAAGGAAACGGUCACCCCCGUCUGGAGGAAGGAUGGUACGGUCCUGGCCAGCAGUGACAAAUAUGAGCUGCUCAUGUUUGGGAAGUCCUUAACGCUCAUCAUCCAUAGUCUGAGUAAGGAUGAUGCAGGCCACUACAGCUGUGACCUGGGCACCAGCCAGACCAAGGCCAAGGUCACUGUACAUGACAUUCACAUCACCAUCGCCCAGCGCAUGAAGACCGUCGCCGUUCUGGAGGGCGAGAGCUGCAGUUUCGAGUGCGUCCUCUCUCACGAUGUCAUCGACGAGCCCUCCUGGACCCUGAACGGUCGACUUGUGGUCAGCAACAGCCGCAUCCAGAUCGUAAACAAGGGUCGCAAGUACAAGAUGACCAUCAGAGACGCAACUGUGACUGAAGCCGGGGACGUAGUCUUCUUCGUCAAAGACCUCAGCUGCAGGACCAUGCUGUUUGUCAAAGAGAAGCCGGUGCAUGUGUUCAGGGACAUGACGAGCGUCAAAGCCACACCAGGGGAGGACGCUGAGCUGAGCUGUGAGAUCACCAAGCCUGAGGCCUUCAUCCGCUGGCUGAAGAACGGCCGUCAGAUCAGGCACAGCCCCCCCAAGUACGAGAUCAGUGUGGAGGAGCACCUGGUACGGCUGGUUAUCACGAACACCUGUAUCAGAGACUCUGGGGAGUACUGCUGUGAGGCUGACGGCAUUGCCACCCGGGCCAAGCUGGAGGUCAGAGAGCUGCAGCACACAUUUGCUCGGGAGCUGCGGGACACACGGGCCGAGGAGAAGAGCAAGGUGAUGCUGGAGUGCGAGACGAGACUUCCGGCCAAGCGGGUGACCUGGCUGAAGGGCAUGGCAGAGCUCCGGGCGGGCAGGAAGUAUGUGAUGAAGCAGAAGGGCGUGGUCCUCUACCUCACCAUCAGCUGCCUGGAGAAGGUUGACACCGACGUGUACACCUGCGAUGUUGGCACCAUGCAGAGCCGGGCGCUACUGACCGUGCAUGGUCAGAAGGUGUUGAUCAUGGACGAGCUGGAGGAUGUUGAGUGUCUGGAGAAUGACACAGUGAUUUUCAGGUGUCGUAUCUGUCCCAGCGAUUAUGUUGGGGUCAAGUGGUACCUGGAUGAGACCUUACUGUACACCAAUGAGCUAAAUGAGAUCCAAGUGAUCCCGGGGGGCUACCACAGCCUCACGUUCAAACAACUGGCUCGUAAAGACUCGGGCACCAUCUCCUUUGAGGCAGGCGACAAGAGGUCCUACGCCUCACUGCUUGUUAGAGAGAGACGUCCCACCAUCACCAAAGCAUUGGAGGACUGUGAGGCCAUUGAGGGAGGCGGUUUGGUGCUGGUGUGUAUCACCUCUAAGCCAUGCCACAUCCUGUGGUACAAAGAUGGCUGCCUAAUGUGGAUUUCCUCGAGGUACUACGUCAGUCGCUCAGGUAACGAGGCCAGGCUUACCAUCAGGGAGGUCAGUAACAGCGAUGCUGGGGUGUACGAGUGCAGCGCUGGGUCGGUUAGCACCAAGGCUGUCGUCACUGUAAAAGCCAUUCCAGCUGAGUUCACCCAGCCGCUGCAGAGCAGGGAGGUAAAGGAAGGGGAGGAUGUGACCCUUUCCUGUGAGUUCUCCCUGCCGGGGGUUGCGUUCCACUGGAGGAGGGGCUUGGAGACCCUCCGAGCUGGAGAGAGGUACCUGAUGAAGCAGAAGAAGUCCCUCAUCUCUUUGACCAUCACUGGCCCGAAGCCUCAGGACUCAGGAGAUUACACCUGUCAGUGCCGAGACCACAAAACCACAGCCAGCCUCAAAGUCCACGCCAUCCCCAUCUCCUUCACACAACAGUUGAAAAAUGUUCAGGCUCAGGAGGGCAGCAGUUUCACGUUGCGCUGUGAGCUUUCUAAACCAGGAGUCCCUGUAGAGUGGAGGAAAGGGGAGGGGCUGUUAAAGAAUGGAGUGAAGUUCCAGAUAAGGAAGAGAGAGACCAUAUCGGAGCUUCAGAUGUGGAAAACUGUGCCUGACGACAGUGGCGUCUACAGCUGCGAGUGUGCAGACCAAAAGACCACAGCCACCGUCAAAAUCAGCGCCCUGCCUGUUACCUUCAAACAAAAGCUGAGGAACGUGCAUGUUGAGGAGGGGAACAAUUUGGUGUUACACUGUGAGCUCUCCAAACCAGGAGUCCCUGUGGAAUGGAUGAUGGGAGGAGAGGAGCUGCUGAACAACGGAGAGAAGUUUCAGAUAAGACAGAGAGAGUUGGUGAAUGAACUGAAGAUAAUAGAUGCCAAACCCGAAGACAGCAAUAUCUACACCUGUGUUUGUGGCAAUGUGGAAACCACAGCCGGUGUUACAGUCACAGCAACUCCCAUCACUUUCAAGCAAAAGCUGAGGAACCUGCAGACCGAGGAAGGGAACACCAUCUCGCUGCACUGUGAGCUGUCUAAAGCAGGGGUGCCAGUGGAGUGGAGGCUGGGAGGAGAGAGGAUACUGCAGAACGGAGACAAAUACCAGAUCAAGCAGACAGACUCGGCACUGGAACUCCUCAUCAGGGAGGCUCUGCCAGAGGACAGUGGAGUCUACAGCUGUGUGUGUCGAGACAAGAAGACCAAGGCCACUGUCAAAGUCAUUGCUGUACCUGCCACCUUCAAAGUGGGUCUGAAGAACCAGGAGGCCCCAGAGGAGGGCAGCAUAACCCUGCACUGUGAACUGUCUAAGGCUGGGGUCUCAGUGGAGUGGUGGAGGGGGGAGACAGAACUGUCCCAAGACCUGUCUGGAGGAAAGUACCAGAUGAAAUUGGAGGGGAAAAUAGCUGAGCUGACCAUUACCAAUGUGCAACCGGAGGACAUAGGCAAGUACAGCUGUGUCACUGGAGACCAGAAGACCACCGCUGAAGUUAAAGUGCAGGCUCUCCCUGUGACGUUCAAGCGGCAGCUCCAGAACAUGGUGAUCAUAGAGGGGGACAGUGGGGAGUUCUUCUGUGAGCUCUCCAAGCCCGGUGACCCAGUGGACUGGAGGAAGGGCAGAGUCAUCCUGAAGUCUGGAGACAAAUAUGAGAUGAGGCAGGAGGGACGCGUCACUAAACUGCUCAUACAUAACGUGGAGGAGAGGGAUGCUGGGAAAUACACCUGUAAGAGUCGAGAUGCCCAGUCAACUGCUGAACUGACCGUGACAGGCCUACCCCCCACUUUCAAAGAACAGCUGAGGAACAUGGAAGUUGAGGAGGGUAAGACGGUGACGCUACACUGUGAACUGUCUAAAGCAGCAGCCUCAGUUGAGUGGAAGAGGGGAGCAAAGCUGCUGAAGAAUGUAGGCAAGUACCAGAUGAGGAAGAAAGAUUUACUGGUGGAAUUGAAGAUCAUCGACGCAAAUCUGGAGGACACUCGCCCUGUCACAUUUAUAGAAGAGUUGAGGAACGUUCAGGCCGAGGAGGGCAACACUGUGACGUUGUGCUGUGAGCUCUCUAAACCAGGGAUGUCAGUUGAAUGGAGGAGAGGAACAGCUCUUCUGCAGAACGGAGAGAAGUACCAGAUGAAGCAGAAAGACGCAGCGUUGGAGCUGAUCAUCAGGAAAACCUUACCUGAGGACAGUGGUGUCUACAGCUGCUUGUCGGAAGACCAGCAAACCUUUGCCACCAUCAUUAUCACUGCCAUCCCAGUCACUUUCAAACAGAAGUUGAAAAACCAAGAGGCUCUAGAAGAGGGCAGCGUGACGUUGCGCUGUGAGCUGUCUAAACCAGGGGUCCCCGUGGUGUGGCUGAGGGGAGAGGAGCUGCUGAGGGAAGGUGAGAGGCACCAUAUGAAGCAGGAGGGCAGGACCGUGGAGAUGGUCAUCGGGAAGGUGGUCCUUCAGGAUGCUGGGGAGUACAGCUGUGUCACAGCCUGCAACGUCAAGACAGCAGCUGAUAUCAAAGUUAGGGCUCUCCCUGUAAUAUUCACACAAGAGGUCCAGAGCGCGGUGAUCAAAGAAGGGGACAGUGGGGAGUUCUGGUGCGAGCUCUCCAAGCCCGGUGACCCAGUGGACUGGAGGAAGGGCAGAGUCAUCCUGAAGUCUGGAGACAAAUAUGAGAUGAAGCAAGAGGGACGCGUCACUAAACUGCUCAUCCAUAACGUGGAGGAGAGGGAUGCUGGGAAAUACACCUGUAAGAGUCGAGAUGCCCAGUCAACUGCUGAACUGACCGUGACGGCUCCUCCCGUCACGUUCAAGGUGAAGUUGAAGAACCUGGAAGUUGAGGAGGAGAACAGUGUGACGUUAUUCUGUGAGCUCUCUAAACCAGGACUGACGGCAGAGUGGAGAAAAGGAGAGGAGCUGCUGAAGAACGGAGUAAAGUACCAGAUAAAGAAGAGAGAGGCAACAAUGGAACUGACAAUAAGGAAUGCAGUGCUUGAGGACACCGGAUUCUACAGCUGUGUUUAUGCAGAAGCCAAAACCACCGCCACUGUCAACAUCACCCCCAUCCCUGUCACCUUCAAGAUGGGUCUUAAGAACCAGGAGGCCUCAGAGGGGGGCAUCGUGACCCUGCGCUGUGAGCUGUCUAAAGCUGGGGUCCCGGUGGAGUGGCGGAAAGGGGAGGAGGAGGUGAGCCCUGGAGGAAGGUACCAGAAGAAGCUGGAGGGAAAGAUAGCGGAGUUGCACAUUAGAAACAUCCAGCCAGAGGACGUGGGGGAGUACAGCUGUAUAUUCGGAGAUCAGAAAACCACUGCUGAAGUCAACGUGAGAGCUGCUGCCUCAGUGUUCUUUGAGAAGGAGCUGGAGAGCAAUGUGGUGAUGGAGGGGAAGUCCGUGGUCCUCUCCUGUGAGGUCUCCAGUGCCACUGUCCCCGUCACCUGGAAGAAGGACGCCUGCCUGGUCACAGAUGGGGAGAGGUGCAUUGUAAAAAAGAAAGGUCCCGUUCACACCCUGGAGAUCAAGAUGCUGAGUCUGGAGGAUGCUGGGGAGUACAGCUGCAUCACUAGGGGAAAGAAGACCACAGCCAUGCUGGUUGUGAAAGAGCGUGUGAAAAUAUUGUCCGGACUGAAGGACAUGAAAGUCACAGCCGGGCAGGACGCAGUGUUUGUGUGUGAGCUGUCCCAUGCCGAGGUGAGUGAAGGCGAGUGGUGGCUGGGCUCCAGCCCACUGCAGAAGAACGAAAUGAACCAGAUGAGCUUUGAGGGCCACCAGCACUGCCUGGUCUUGACCAUGACCACCCCGGAGGAGACCGGGACCGUGGCCUUCGUGGUUGGGGAGGAGAGAACCUCUGCCCAACUGCUAGUUGUCUCCAAACCCAAAGUACUCAUUGAGGAGAAGCCCCAGGACAUUGACAUCAUGGAAGGGGAGACGGCCACCUUAUCCUGUACGACCUCUGACCUCAUUACCCCUGUCACAUGGAGAAGGAACAACAUGCCCCUACUGAACGGCGACAAGUAUGAGACGCGUAAGAAGGGCAAGCUCAACCUCCUACUCAUCCAUGAGACGGAACCAGAGGACUCUGGGAUAUACUCCUGUGACACUGGAGACAUGCAGAGCGAUGCCUAUCUGACGGUCAAUGAGCUACCACUGUACUUCGAGGAGGAGCUGCAGGCUGUGGAGGCUGAGGAGGGUGGCACAGCCUUUCUGUUUUGUGAGCUGUCUAAGCCCGGAGUCCCAGUCCAGUGGAGGAAGGGCCGGCUGCCUCUCAGGCCCAACAGGAAGUACCAGAUGAAGCAGGACAACUGUGUGUUUCAGCUACACAUCCUGGAGCUGAAAAAGGAAGACAGUGGCAGCUACACGUGCCAGGCAGAUGGCGUGGAGACCACUGCCUCUGUGUCUGUGAAAGUUAAAGUACUCAUUGAGGAGAAGCCCCGGGACACCGUCAUCAUGGAAGGGGAGACGGCGACCUUAUCCUGUACGACCUCUGACCUCACUACCCCUGUCACAUGGAGACGCAACAACAAGCCCUUACUGACGGGAGACAAGUAUGAGAACCGUAAGGAGGGCAAGCUCAACCUGCUUCUCAUCCACAAUGUGGACCCAGAUGACUCUGGGAUAUACUCCUGUGACACUGGAGACAUGCAGAGCAGCGUCAAUCUGACUGUCACAGAGCUGCCUCCAUGCUUUGAAGAAGAGCUGCAGGCUGUGGAGGCCGAGGAAGGAGGCACGGCCUUCCUGUCCUGUGAGCUGUCUAAGCCUGGAGUCCCAGUCCAGUGGAGGAAGGGCCGGCUGCCUCUCAGGCCCAACAGGAAGUACCAGAUGAAGCAGGACGGCUGUGUGUUUCAGCUACACAUCCUGGAGCUGAAGUCCGAGGACAGUGGCAGCUACUCGUGCCAGGCAGGUUGUGUGGAGACCACCGCCUCUGUGUCUGUGAAAGUUAAAGUACUCAUUGAGGAGAAGCCCCGGGACACCGUCAUCAUGGAAGGGGAGACGGCGACCUUAUCCUGUACGACCUCUGACCUCACUACCCCUGUCACAUGGAGACGCAACAACAUGCCCCUACUGAACGGAGACAAGUAUGAGAACCGUAAGGAGGGCAAGCUCAACCUGCUUCUCAUCCACAAUGUGGACCCAGAUGACUCUGGGAUAUACUCCUGUGACACUGGAGACAUGCAGAGCAGCGCCAAUCUGACUGUCACAGAGCUGCCUCCAUGCUUUGAAGAAGAGCUGCAGGCUGUGGAGGCUGAGGAAGGAGGCACGGCCUUCUUUUCCUGUGAGCUGUCUAAGCCUGGAGUCCCAGUCCAGUGGAGGAAGGGCCGGCUGCCUCUCAGGCCCAACAGGAAGUACCAGAUGAAGCAAGACGGCUGUGUGUUUCAGCUACACAUCCUGGAGCUGAAGUCCGAGGACAGUGGCAGCUACUCGUGCCAGGCAGGUUGUGUGGAGACCACCGCCUCUGUGUCUGUGAAAGUUAAAGUACUCAUUGAGGAGAAGCCCCGGGACACCGUCAUCAUGGAAGGGGAGACGGCGACCUUAUCCUGUACGACCUCUGACCUCACUACCCCUGUCACAUGGAGACGCAACAACAUGCCCCUACUGAACGGAGACAAGUAUGAGAACCGUAAGGAGGGCAAGCUCAACCUGCUUCUCAUCCACAAUGUGGACCCAGAUGACUCUGGGAUAUACUCCUGUGACACUGGAGACAUGCAGAGCAGCGCCAAUCUGACUGUCACAGAGCUGCCUCCAUGCUUUGAAGAAGAGCUGCAGGCUGUGGAGGCUGAGGAAGGAGGCACGGCCUUCUUUUCCUGUGAGCUGUCUAAGCCUGGAGUCCCAGUCCAGUGGAGGAAGGGCCGGCUGCCUCUCAGGCCCAACAGGAAGUACCAGAUGAAGCAAGACGGCUGUGUGUUUCAGCUACACAUCCUGGAGCUGAAGUCCGAGGACAGUGGCAGCUACUCGUGCCAGGCAGGUUGUGUGGAGACCACCGCCUCUGUGUCUGUGAAAGUUAAAGUACUCAUUGAGGAGAAGCCCCGGGACACCGUCAUCAUGGAAGGGGAGACGGCGACCUUAUCCUGUACGACCUCUGACCUCACUACCCCUGUCACAUGGAGACGCAACAACAUGCCCCUACUGAACGGAGACAAGUAUGAGAACCGUAAGGAGGGCAAGCUCAACCUGCUUCUCAUCCACAAUGUGGACCCAGAUGACUCUGGGAUAUACUCCUGUGACACUGGAGACAUGCAGAGCAGCGCCAAUCUGACUGUCACAGAGCUGCCUCCAUGCUUUGAAGAAGAGCUGCAGGCUGUGGAGGCUGAGGAAGGAGGCACGGCCUUCUUUUCCUGUGAGCUGUCUAAGCCUGGAGUCCCAGUCCAGUGGAGGAAGGGCCGGCUGCCUCUCAGGCCCAACAGGAAGUACCAGAUGAAGCAAGACGGCUGUGUGUUUCAGCUACACAUCCUGGAGCUGAAGUCCGAGGACAGUGGCAGCUACUCGUGCCAGGCAGGUUGUGUGGAGACCACCGCCUCUGUGUCUGUGAAAGUUAAAGUACUCAUUGAGGAGAAGCCCCGGGACACCGUCAUCAUGGAAGGGGAGACGGCGACCUUAUCCUGUACGACCUCUGACCUCACUACCCCUGUCACAUGGAGACGCAACAACAUGCCCCUACUGAACGGAGACAAGUAUGAGAACCGUAAGGAGGGCAAGCUCAACCUGCUUCUCAUCCACAAUGUGGACCCAGAUGACUCUGGGAUAUACUCCUGUGACACUGGAGACAUGCAGAGCAGCGCCAAUCUGACUGUCACAGAGCUGCCUCCAUGCUUUGAAGAAGAGCUGCAGGCUGUGGAGGCUGAGGAAGGAGGCAUGGCCUUCUUUUCCUGUGAGCUGUCUAAGCCUGGAGUCCCAGUCCAGUGGAGGAAGGGCCGGCUGCCUCUCAGGCCCAACAGGAAGUACCAGAUGAAGCAAGACGGCUGUGUGUUUCAGCUACACAUCCUGGAGCUGAAGUCCGAGGACAGUGGCAGCUACUCGUGCCAGGCAGGUUGUGUGGAGACCACCGCCUCUGUGUCUGUGAAAGUUAAAGUACUCAUUGAGGAGAAGCCCCGGGACACCGUCAUCAUGGAAGGGGAGACGGCGACCUUAUCCUGUACGACCUCUGACCUCACUACCCCUGUCACAUGGAGACGCAACAACAUGCCCCUACUGAACGGAGACAAGUAUGAGAACCGUAAGGAGGGCAAGCUCAACCUGCUUCUCAUCCACAAUGUGGACCCAGAUGACUCUGGGAUAUACUCCUGUGACACUGGAGACAUGCAGAGCAGCGCCAAUCUGACUGUCACAGAGCUGCCUCCAUGCUUUGAAGAAGAGCUGCAGGCUGUGGAGGCUGAGGAAGGAGGCACGGCCUUCCUUUCCUGUGAACUGUCUAAGCCUGGAGUCCCAGUCCAGUGGAGGAAGGGCCGGCUGCCUCUCAGGCCCAACAAUAAGUACCAGAUGAAACAGGACGGCUGUGUGUUUCAGCUACACAUCCUGGAGCUGAAGUCCGAGGACAGUGGCAGCUACUCGUGCCAGGCAGGUUGUGUGGAGACCACCACCUCUGUGUCUGUGAAAGUUAAAGUACUCAUUGAGAAGAAGCCCCGGGACACCGUCAUCAUGGAAGGGGAGACGGCGACCUUAUCCUGUACGACCUCUGACCUCACUACCCCUGUCACAUGGAGACGCAACAACAUGCCCCUACUGAACGGAGACAAGUAUGAGAACCGUAAGGAGGGCAAGCUCAACCUGCUUCUCAUCCACAAUGUGGACCCAGAUGACUCUGGGAUAUACUCCUGUGAUACUGGAGACAUGCAGAGCAGCGCCAAUCUGACUGUCACAGAGCUGCCUCCAUACUUUGAGGAGGAGCUGCAUGCUGUGGAGGCUGAGGAAGGGGAAACGGCCUUCCUGUCCUGUGAGCUGUCUAAGCCUGGAGUCCCAGUCCAGUGGAGGAAGGGCCGGCUGCCUCUCAGGCCCAACAGGAAGUAUCAGAUGAAGCAGGACGGCUGUGUGUUUCAGCUACACAUCCUGGAGCUGAAGCCCGAUGACAGUGGCAGCUACUCGUGCCAGGCAGAUGGCAUGGAGACCACUGCCUCUGUGUCUGUGAAAGUUAAAGUACUCAUUGAGGAGAAGCCCCGGGACACCGUCAUCAUGGAAGGGGAGACGGCGACCUUAUCCUGUACGACCUCUGACCUCACUACCCCUGUCACAUGGAGACGCAACAACAUGCCCCUACUGAACGGAGACAAGUAUGAGAACCGUAAGGAGGGCAAGCUCAACCUGCUUCUCAUCCACAAUGUGGACCCAGAUGACUCUGGGAUAUACUCCUGUGAUACUGGAGACAUGCAGAGCAGCGUCAAUCUGACUGUCACAGAGCUGCUUCCAUACUUUGAAGAAGAGCUGCAGGCUGUGGAGGCUGAGGAAGGGGGCACAGCCUGCCUGUCCUGUGAACUGUCUAAGCCUGGAGUCCCAGUCCAGUGGAGGAAGGGCCGGCUGCCUCUUAGGCCCAACAGAAAGUACCACAUUAAGCAGGACAACUGUGUGUUUCAGCUACACAUCCUGGAGCUGAAGCCUGAGGACAGUGGCAGCUACACGUGCCAGGCAGGUGGUGUGGAGACCACAGCCUCUGUGGCAGUAAAGCCUCCCCCAGCCAAGACAGAACCUCCCAAGACAAUGCCUCCCACGAAGGCUGCCUCUCCCACACCUCCACCAGGGCCAAAGAAACAGGGCAUGAUCUGGGCAUCCAUUGUGGGGUCAGAGAAAGACCUGGAGUCUGAAGCAGAGACGGUGGUAGACCUACGUAAUAAACAGUUAUUAAGGUCUAUGGGUAAGGAGAUUAAGGUAGACCAGCAGGAGAAACAGCAAGUGAAACAGCCAGUAAGAGCUAUGGUGAGGGACACAGAGGAAAAAAAGUCUAUGGUGAAGGAGAUUGAAGUAGACCACAUGGUGAAACAGCCAGUGCCCCCAGCGAGACGAGCGUCUAUAGUGUCGGAUGAUGGGGUAGACGAGGUGAGGAAACAGCCAGUUCCACCAGUGAGACAAGCAUCUUUAAUGUCAGAUGCUGAGGUAGACGAGGUGAGGAAGCAGCCAGUUCCACCAGUGAGACAAGCAUCUUUAAUGUCAGAUGCUGAUGUAGACGAGGUGAGGAAGCAGCCAGUUCCACCAGUGAGACAAGCAUCUUUAAUGUCAGUUGCUGAUGUAGACGAGGUGAGGAAGCAGCCAGUUCCACCAGUGAGACAAGCAUCUUUAAUGUCAGAUGCUGAUGUAGACGAGGUGAGGAAGCAGCCAGUUCCACCAGUGAGACAAGCAUCUUUAAUGUCAGAUGCUGAUGUAGACGAGGUGAGGAAGCAGCCAGUUCCACCAGUGAGACGAGCAUCUGUAGUGUUGGAUGCUGGGAUAGAGCAAGUCCUGAAACAGUCAGUGCCACCAGCGAGGCGAGCAUCUGUCGUGUCGGAUUCUGGGGUAGAUGAGGUAACAGUCAACCAGAAGACCAGCAAGCCUGUAGUCGCUGUUGCUGGAGUUCCCAAGGGGCUACAGAUGACUCAGCAAGUUGACGAAAUUGCACUUGACAGUGUCGAGGACGAACAUGAGAUGUUGGAAGCUGCCAUCAAGAUCCAGGCAGCUUUCAAGGGAUACAAGACCCGCAAAGACAUGCGGCCCGUCUUCAAGCAGGUGUUUAAGAACCAGAAUGCUGAGACCAAUGGUACCAUCCAGCUGGAGUGUAAGGUGGAAGGGAAGCUCAACGCAGUACGCUGGCUGAAGAACAGCCAGGAGGUCAUAGGAGACCAACGCCACCGUAUGAACACCUCAGAGGAUGGCGUCUGCACACUGGUGAUCAUCAACAUGUCAGCCAUAGACACUGGGGUCUAUACCUGUGAGGUGGCCAACACGUUUGGUGUGUCCUCAUAUAAUGGUAACAUUACAGUGGGUGAACCUCAAAAGCCACCAUCUACCCAGAGGCCCGCAGCCCCAGCCCAGCCCUCCACCCCUUCUGUGCACCCAGUCCUGGCCUCCAUUGGCCCUCUCCAGCCAGCCCAGACCUCCACCCCUGGGAAGGAGACUGUGGAGUCUGUGGAGUGUGAGGGGAUCUCCCUGUGGCAGGCCUACAAUCUGACCGAGGAGGAUCCCCGCAUGACCUUGCAGGAGAGGAGGAGGGCCUCCCUUAUCGCCGCCAGCUCUAUGUCUAGUCCCUCUGACUACGACACAGCUCCAGAUUUCAUAGAGCCUGCUGACAUAAUCCCCAGAGAUCACCCCAGAGCUAACUGCAGUCCUCAACAAGGUGGCGACAAGGAGAGCUUUGUGUUGAAGGAGGGUCAGUACGUGGAGGUCUUGGACUCUGUCCACCCGGAGAAGUGGCUGGUCCGCACCAAGCCCUCCAAGACCGCCUCCUCACGCCAAGGAUGGGUCUCUCCUGCAUACCUGGAGAAAAAGAGAAAGGAGACAUUCCCACAAAUGAGGACACCACAACAGGAGCUGGAUGUACCAGGGUCUACAGGGGAGAACUACAGGAGAACACUAAGCCAAUUAAUCCAGGGGCUGAUUGAUGGGGAGGAAGAGUUUGUGAAGGAGAUGAAGGAAUUCAUGUCCCACCACCUGCACCACUUAGACACCAGCCCUCAUGUCCCUAUCAACAUCAUCAACCAGAAAGAAACCAUCUUCCGCAAUAUAAAGGACAUCAUGGCUUUACACGAGAGGUCACACCUAUCUAUUCUGCCCAGUCUGAGUGAGUGUUCUACUGACGAUGACGUGGCCAUGCAUCUGGUCAAACAUGCAGUGGACUUUGAGAAGUAUCUGCAGUACAUGGUGGGCCAAUCACAGGCAGAGGCCUGUGUCACUGACAAGACCAUCCAGCAGUACUUCAAGCAAAACAUGGAAACAGACCCUGAGUACCCCGAAACUGCAGUCCUGGAUGUCAUCACCUUCUUACAGAGACCAGUGGAGAGGAUCCAGACCUACCAGGCCUUGCUCAAGAAACUGAUCAAGAACAAGGCUAAGUGUGCGAAAAGCUGCCUUCUGCUGGAGGACGCCUUCUCCGUGGUGUCCUGUCUGCCCUGGCGCUCUGACAACCUACACCAGGUGUCUCUGAUUGAGAACUACCCUGCCCCACUCACUGCACUAGGAGAACCUGUCCGCCAGGGUCCUUUCACUGUGUGGGAGGAGUCUCCCGAGAUCAAGACGUCCUCCAGGGGCCACCAGAGGCAGGUGUUCCUCUUCAAGGACUGUGUCUUGCUGUGUAAGCUCAAGAGGGACCCUGGAAUGAACUCUGACACCUACGCCUUCAAGAACAAGAUGAAGCUGAAUGAUGUGGAGGUGAAGGAGACGGUGGGGGGAGAUGAGAAGUCCUGGGGGCUGUGGCACGAGCACCGGGGCUCAGUGAGGAGGUACACACUGCAGGGUCGCUCCGCCCUGCUCAAGCUGUCCUGGCUCAAAGACCUGAGAGAGCUGCAGCAACGCUCCAGCCUGACUGCCAGCAGUCCACCAGAGUUUGAAGUUCUCCUGGCUGACUGCACCACAAAGAUUGGGCAGACAAUCAAACUGGCCUGCAAAGUCAUAGGAACACCCAAACCAGUGGUCAGCUGGUUCCAAGAUGGCCUGGCCCUAGAGGAUGGCCCCCACCACAUCAUCACUGCAGACCGGGCAGGCACCUGCUGUCUCAUCAUGGAUGGUGUCACUCCUGAGGACUCUGGACAGUACUUGUGCUACGCUUCCAGCUCUGUGGGCCAUGCUAGCACACUGGCCAAGAUAGUGGUGGAUGCACCCCCCAGAUUCCGUACCAGGCUGCAGAGUGCAUGUCUGCUGGAGGGAGAGGACAUCAAGUUUAGCUGCUCAACACACAGUACUCCUUUACCCCGAGUCAGUUGGUUUAAGGAUGGCAGAGAGCUGACAGACCAGAGGAAGUACCACAUAGAGAGUGAUGCCCGCAGUGGGAUCCUCACACUCACCAUCGUGAACCCUGGAGAGACAGACCUGGGACAGUAUAGGUGUGAGCUGUGGAACAAGUUGGGCAGUGCCAAGAGUAAAGCGGAGAUGUGCUCCGCCUUUGCGCAAGUGAUGGACAGUGAGCCUGACCAACCACAGGCCAUCUUGAUCCAAGUCCCCGAACAGGAAGUACCUCACAGAGCCUUCAUCAUGCUCACAGUAUCAUGGACCCAGUGCAUGUGGAUGGGUCCUCUCUCCUCUCCAACGCAUGCCCAGUUAACUCUCCACUCCUACCCAUACAAGAUGGUCAUGUGCCGGGCAUCAGGCGCCCCUUAUUCCCCCCCUGGGGAGUGGGCAUACUCCGACUCAGAGGGCUGGUCCACUGCCAUGGUGAAGCAAUGGCUGCAGACAGACUUCAGCCCCACAUCUGUUGUCAAAAUGCUCUUCCAGCCUGGAUACCCUCAGCCCGCCGAGGGUAGCCAAGAGGAAAGGGACCCUACCGCCAGAGGACACGUGGCGGCGCCACAGUUCCCCACUGAGCUUGAGGAGAGACCUGAGGUUGAGGAGGAACUUUAUGUUCCUGAGGCCAUAGAGGAAAUGCCAACAGCUCCUCCCUCCAUCCAGGUGCCGGUGGAGGACCUGUGUGUGGAGCCUGGUCAAUCAGCUACCUUCACCAUCAUCAUCACAGGAAGGCCCACCCCCGAGAUUCAGUGGUACAAGGUUGGGACGCAGGAGCUGUUGGCCAAUGAGAAUGUGGAGGUGGUCCAGAAUGGUGCCCGCUGUUCUCUGACUGUGCUGUGCCCGGAGAGCGAGGACGGUGGCAUCUACACCUGCUGGGCCUAUAACGACUUAGGACACACCUCCUGUCAGGCUCAGCUGACAGUGGAGGAGGGUCCACUGGAGUCGCAGGAGAGAGAGGUGGAGCUUGGGAAGAGGAGGAAGCUGCUGUCUGUGUAUGACGUCCAUGGGGAGAUUGGGAGAGGCACGUAUGGGGUGGUAAAGCGGGUUACCCACAGGAGGACGGGUGAGGGCUUUGCCGCCAAGUUCCUGCCCCUGAGGAGCAGUACAAGAACCAGGGCAUUCCAAGAAAGGGACCUGCUCUCCCGGCUGGCCCACCCCAGGGUGGCCUGUCUGCUGGACUUCUUCUCUACACGGAGGACCCUGGUCCUGGUCACUGAAGUGUGCUCCUCUCAUGGUCUUCUUGAUCAUUUGCUGUCGAAGGGAUCCGUCAGUGAGAGAGAGGUGCAGAUGUACAUUCAGCAAAUCCUGGAGGGAGUUGGUCACAUCCACAGCAUGAACAUCCUACACCUGGACAUCAACACGGACAAUAUCCUGAUGGUGUUUCCACCCAGAGAGGAGAUCAAGAUCUGUGACUUUGGCUUCUGUCAAGAGAUGGACACUUCCAGACACCAGUACAGCAAGUUCGGCACUCCUGAGUUUGUAGCCCCUGAGAUCAUACAUCAAGACCCUGUCACUAUAGCAAGUGAUAUCUGGUCCAUUGGUGUUGUGGCCUAUUUAUGUCUGAUGUGCCGCUGUCCGUUCGUGGGGGAGACGGACCGGGCCACUCUGCUGAGGGUGGGGGAGGGGACACUGAACUGGGACGCACCCGACCUCGCCUACAGGAGCACCGGUGCCCAGGGCUUCCUCCGCACGGUCCUGCAGCCAGACCCAGCAAAGCGACCAACUGCAUUUGAGUGUCUGGGGCACGAGUGGUUCCAGAGUGAACAUGAGGAUGAGACUGAUGAUAUCAAUACGAGGGCUCUGAAAGUCUUCAUCUCAAGAAGAAAAUGGCAGCGUUCUCUGACCUGCCUGGGCUCGGUACUAAUCCUGAAGCCCAUCCCAGAGCUGCUGGAUGCCCCUCUUCGGGAGACCUCCAUCACAGCCCCCCGGGACCCCCAUGAGCACAGCAGCACCUCCAUGAGCAGCGGCUCCUCCUCUGAGUACGACGAGGCCGACGCCUGGGACUUCUUCCACCACUGCACCACAGCCGACGAGGAUGAAGACGAGGAGGAGGAAGAAUUUGACCCCCUCAUGGAGAGAGAGGAGGAGGAGGAGAUGGGAGGACAGAGGAGCGUGCUGGAGAGGAGCCUAAGCAGGCAGUCUAUAGGGUCCUCGGACGCCUCACAGCAGCCGACCCCCCAGAGGGAGAAGAGGGUCAGCCGAGAAAGCAGCCCGUCCCUAUACCUCUCCGAGGGGGAUGAUGGGUCCGCGUCCGGGAGUGAAGGAGGCCUCAUCGCCAGGAGCAGCCUGAUCCGCAGCACUUUCUACAACAGCUCCGCGCAGCUCUCGCCCAUGUCCGCUCGCCACAUGACCCUCAGGGACAAGUUCCAGGCCAAGAAGCAGGAGAGGGGCCGCAAGCCGCUCCGCAGAAGCCUCUCUAGCCGCCUCAACGAGCCUCUCAUUGAGUAUGUGGAGGACGAAGGCGAGACCAAUCACGCGCAAAGGCGAGGGUCUUUGCAGCCGUCCAUGCUCAAGUCCUGCUCCUUUGACAGCGGGGUCAGCCUCUCGCACAAUGCACCACCACAGAGGAGGAGCAGGUCGUUGGACGAGUACUCCCGACACUCACCAGGAUCCGCCAAACGCAGAGAAGAGGAGAGUGCUUUGAAUCUUAAGGAGGAUUUCACUGAUGAGGAGGAAGAGGAGAAGAGCUUGGACGUUCCCCCUCUCCAAGUGAGAGGUAGAAGAGGUUCAGUGGCAGUGGCUCCCAAACAGCUUACGGCCAGGCUUCAGAAACUGUGUGCAAAAUCGCCCCAUGCUGGUCCAGAGGAGGAGGCGGGGAACCUGGCUGGCUCUCAGUACUCCCUGGCUGAGUCCCUCAUCCUGGAGCAUGGCUCUGAGGGCUCCAGCAGGCUGGGCUCUUGUGAGGAGCUGUCCCACGGCUACCCUGCAGCCACACAAAGAGGGAGAGCAGGGGAUGAGUAUGAUGACCAGGAGGAGCCCCUGAUCACAACAUCCCCCUGCUCCCUGCUCCAGGGGUCUGAGGCUGUGGACGCUGAUAAGGAGCCCCAGCGCCGGAACGGCCAACUUCAGAUCCCACCGAGAAGGACAACCCACCCCAACCAGAACUCAAUGGCCAGAAAUAAUGGUAAGGUUGAGAAGACGGUCCUGCCUGUAAAACCCAGCCCCAGCCUGUCCGUCAAGGCCCCAGAGAGACCCUCGAGGGCCAGCGACACAGAGGCACGUCUCCAGAGGCACGCGUCCACCCCGGCCCUCCAGGCCAAACCGCCCACGGGGAAGUCUCCCAGGAUGUCACCCAAGGUUGGGUUGAUGAAUCUGUUACGUAGGCAGUCCUGGGCGGGGCAUUCCUACUCACAACUGGAGAGCACGGAGCAGGGACCCACGCUAGGGGAAUUGGAGCCCAGAACCCCCACCAUGUCACUCAGGAAAAAGAUGAGGGCAUCAGCCUCUAGCCUCACCAAGCUGUUCACUAAAUCAUCCAGCAAGGAGGACUUAACGAAGGGAGGGCCGAUUGUUAAGGGUUCAUCUCCUGCUCCACCUGAGCAAAAGGCGAGCGCUGGCUUGGAGAGUGCUAAAAAGAAGUCCAAAUUAUUUUCAUUUAAAAUACCUAAAAUACCUGCAUUCAAGAAGAACAAAGAGAUGCCCAUCCACCUGACCAGGCCUGAUGUGCACCAGUUGGAGGCAGGUGGAUUUCUGCUGGUAUGGAGACCAGUGCAGUCCAGCGACCCAGUGGUUUACUGUGUUCAGUACAGCACAGCCGGCGGGGAGUGGAAGCUACUGUGCGAGGAGGUGACAGACAGUUGCUACGUAGUGAAGGACUUACUCAGAGGAGCAGGAUACGUAUUCAGGGUGGGCUGCAUCACCAAGAAGGGGGCAGGACCUUUCAGUGACCCUUCACCACCUGUUGUUAUGGCAACCCAUCCUAAAGAGACCCACAUUCCCCUCAUCCAGACCGAGUACCCAGGGUCAAAGGGCAGUGGAUCAAGAGGUCAACCUAGCCACAAGACCUACAGCUUCCUCGCAGAGAUCAACAGGGGUCGUUUCAGCGUGGUGACCCAGUGUCAGGACAGCCAGAGCCAGCAGCUGUUUGCUGCCAAGAUCACCCCCUACAGGCCAGAAAAGAGAGCUCUGGUGCUCAGGGAGUACCAGCUGCUUAAGAAGCUCAACCACCCGCACCUGGUACAGCUGCACACGGCCUACAUUACCCCCCACUACCUGGUGCUCAUCCAGGAGCUGUGUGCUGGCAGAGAGCUGCUCUACAACCUAGCUGAGAGAGAUCUUUAUGCGGAACUCCAUGUGGCAGAGCUGCUGGCUCAGAUCCUGAGUGCUGUGGACUACCUGCACGGCCGCCGCGUCGUCCACCUGGACCUCAAGUCGGACAACAUGCUGGUGACGGACCGCAACGUGCUGAAGAUCGUAGACCUGGGCUCUGCUCAGUCUUUCACACCCGGGCAGACACUCAACAUCGAGGACAUUCCGGGACAAGAGAAAGUUUACAUUGUCCUUCCUAAAGCUCCAGAAAUCCUCGACGGACAAGGAGUCGGACCUGAGACCGACAUCUGGGCUAUUGGGGUUUUGGCUUUUAUAAUGUUGAGUGCAGAUAGCCCGUUCCAUUCAGACCUCAACUGGGAGAGGGACAGAAACAUCCGGAAGGGGAAGAUCCAGUUUGGCCGCUGCUACCCUGGGUUGUCAGAGGGAGCAAUCAACUUCAUAAAGAACACACUGAGCAUCAAGGCCUGGGAGAGACCCUCGGCGGCUGAGUGCCUCCAGAACCCGUGGGUACGGGGCGAGCGGGCCCCUUCCAAACACAGAGACUCCAUCUUGUGUUUCUCCACUGACAAGCUGCAGGCUUUCCUCAAGGAGAGAGAGGUGAAACGAGACCAGGUCCGCACCAAGCUGCAAGGCCCUUUCUUCCAAUAAUUGCACUUCUUUCUAAUGUUUAGAGUAGGGCUGUAAGGACUUACACAUGAACUGGCGCUGGGUGAUGUCUCUUCAUAGCCCAGAUCCUGAUCACAAAUAUGUGAUGUCUUACAAAUGUUGACCUAAAAUGGAGAGCGGUUAAAUGUGUGUGUAUCAAUGGCUGCCUAGAGUUUUGUUAAAAGUUUGUCUGAAUGACUUGGACUUUGGCUUGGGUUGAAUUAUAGCGCCAUGAUAUCAGGGAAAUGUUUAGUUAAAUGCUUUAUGCAAAUACUGUUGCAUGAGUUUGAAAACAUGAUGAUGUUGAUGUGUAAAAUGCAUAAUCUCUUUGAGUUUGCAGCAUUGGACACGAAACGCAUUUCACGUUUACAUUUUAGUCAUUUAGCAGACGCUCUUAUCCAGAGCGACUUACAGUUAGACGUUUGUAAUAACAAAGGCAGUUGCAUCUA